UGUAGUUUUUCUGCAUGAGGAAGCAACUUGUUUCACAGCUUUAUCAUCAUUGGCUCUUUUUUUCCUCAAUAUAAGCUCCGAAUAACGAAUCUCAACCAGCAGUGAUUAGUAUUACCCACAAUUUCGUCAACAGCGUCCCGAUCGACAAAGAGAUCAUGGAUUGGAAAAAGAUUCUUACUGUCAUCGGUUUCUGUGCCGUUCCGCUUAUCGGCGGAUUUGCGGUGGGUUUCACGACGAGAGAUGGCGUUCAAAAUUGGUACCAAACCUUAGAACUCCCAGCAUGGCGGCCACCUAAUUGGGUCUUCUCGCCGGUUUGGACCUUUCUCUACCUGUCCAUGGGAUUUGCGUCUUAUCUAGUUUGGCGCGAUGGAAACGGCUUCAAAGGCGAAGCACGCUGGCCACUGAUAGUUUACGGUGUGAUGCUACUACUUAACUGGGCUUGGUCUCCACUUUUCUUCAUAGCGCACGAGCUGACCGGGAGUGCCGUGCUACUGACUGUGCUGACUGUAAUUGUGAUAAUUACUGGGGUUCUCUUCUAUCGUAUUAAUAAAAUCGCUGGAUACCUGUUUGUACCUUAUGUAGCGUGGCUUUUAUUAGCCGGAAGUGUGAGCUGGAAGAUCGCCAUUGAUAACUGAAACCGUUCUAAAACGCUGUUGCAAUUGAAUAAAAUCCGAAUUACUCUUUCAAGUAAAC